GCUUGGCUGAACCAGGGCAAUCCGUAUAAAGGCUGGCGUCAACCCCUCAUUCCGGCGUGGACUGGUCGAUCAGGGUCUGUUAUCUACAUCUACAUCUGCAUCUGCAUCCAACCUCGCUCAGCACACGACUAUCCGAGUCCAGCGCGCUCCGUCGCCGCAUUGUCACCAUCUGCUCCGCAUCACCAACCGCAUCGCCAACCAUGGAUCGCCCCUCCAUCAGCUCCGACGCCGCCUCCACCUUCUCGGGCUCCACCGCCUGCUCCUACAAGGACGCGCCGCCCACCGUCGAGGCCAAGGCUGCCCGUCGCGGCAUGCGCCAGCGCGUGCGCGACGUCGUCCACGAACUGGGCCGCCCGCCCACGGCGAAGCAGGACGCCAAGGACGGCAAGACGACCAAGAAUCACGUCGACAUGGGCCCGGCCGGCUCCGUCGACCAGAAUGUCUGCUCUAAAAUCGGCGCCGCCCAAAUGUCGCUUUUAACACCUCACCUCAUCAAUCCCUCGCACCUAGCAUCCAAGAUCCCAUCAGAGUUGCGCCUCAAAGAGGCCGCCACUGUGCCAGUGAACUUGGUUACCAUCGCCCACUCUGCCACUGCCGACCUGAACCUUGAGCUUUCACAGCCCAUCUAG